AUGAACAACAUUACUUCCAUGUCCACGUUUCUACUGCGGGAAUUCUCAGAACUACAGGAACUACGAAUCUUAUACCUUUUUCUUUUCCUAACAUUGUACUUGACAACCAUGAUAGGGAAUCUUCUCAUCAUUGUUGCAGUAGCCCUUGACCAUCACCUUCAUACACCAAUGUACUUUUUCCUAACAAAUUUGGCAAUGAUGGAUAUUGGCUCUGUUUCUGUCAUCAUACCCAAAUCCCUAGCAAAUUCCAUGAUGAAGAGUAGGUCAAUUUCUUACUGUGGGUGUGUGGCUCAAGUGUUCUUUUACCUCUUCUUUGCAACCUCAGGUGUUGCCAUUUUAACAGUAAUGGCACAUGAUCGCUAUGUCGCCAUCUGCAACCCACUCCAAUAUGAAAGAAUUAUGCACAAAGGAGCAUGCCUUCAGAUGGCAGCAGUUGUGUUGAUUAUUAGUCUUCUUUAUUCCAUGUUACACACUAGUAGCACCUUUGCAAACACCUUCUGUUCUAAUGCUGUCAAUCAGUUCUUCUGUGAAAUCCCAACAUUACUGAAGCUCUCAUGCUCUGACUUUUACUUAGGUGAAGUUGGGCUUCUUCUGCUAGGCUGCAUUAUAGGACUGGGUUGCUUUAUUUACAUCACCAUAACAUACUUGCAGAUCUUUUCUACAGUGCUCAGAAUUCCUUCUCUCCAUGGUCAGAAAAAAGCCCUCUCCACUUGCCUUCCCCACCUCAUUGUUGUCUCUGUGUUUCUCCUAAGUGCAGCCUUUGCCUAUGCAAGGCCUCCCACUGAAUCUUCUUCUGAGCUGGAUAUAGCUUUUGCUGUGAUAUAUACUCUAAUUCCACCCAUGCUGAAUCCAUUCAUCUACAGCAUGAGGAACAAAGACAUUAAGACUGCUUUGUGGAAACUCUUAGAUGUUGGGCAUUCUCCUAAGACUAUGUUUAGAGGUCUAUAA